AUGGCAUCUCACAUUCAGCAUCUGGACCACAUAAUAACGAUGAGAUACAGGUUCGGGAGGAACACAAACAACCGAGGCAACAGCAACAGUCGACAACAAAGGAACAGAUUCAAAGCCACCAACCAAAACAUCAUCGAACACAUACAACACGACGAACAGGCUGUCCCACCCACCCCGGACACGUCCCAUGGGUACACCAUGACGAGGAAGCGACCACCCAGAUCUACGCCCAAGGAAAGAAGAAGCAGAGGAGCCGGUUCCAAAGGGACCGUCCACCGCAAGACCAUUAUUGAUAUCUACUUGGAAUUCGUGGACGAAAGUCAACACGGUAUCUGGGAAUUGCACAAAAACGAUUUUAUCCAAAUCCUCGUACAGGAAUUCGCGCAGGAGUUCACGCAACACGAGUUUAUGCAGGGAGAACGUGAGUCUAUGGAGAACCAGCAGGAGUCGAUGGACGGCAAACAGGCGUUCCCAAAUGAUGAACAGGAGCUCAUGAAGGACGAACGUGUGCAAGACGGAAGAACGGACGAAUUCGAGCAGGAGAAAUGCACGCAAGACGAAGAAGUACGUGGUCUAGAACUGACACAGAACCAUGUGUCAACCGAUUCCAGAAGCACGAAUGGGGGAACCAUAAACCCUGAGGAAGUAGAAAAAUAA